AACCCUCACCAUUCUCAUUUUUUGUGUCACACACAUAUCCAUCGCCACAAAAGAGUAAAGUUGCACCAAACAUUUACGUAAAUAUGGAACCAUGGUUCAUUGUCCUCGUUACUCUUUGCAUCAUCUUCCUUAUCAGAGCCAUCCUCUCCUUAUUCACAACCACCAUACCCCUCCCUCCCGGCCCUCUACACAUCCCCAUCAUCACAAACUUCCAAUUGCUCCAAAAAUCAAUCUCCCAACUUGAACCUUUUCUCAAAACUCUCCAUGCCAAACAUGGUCCUAUCAUCACUGUCCAUAUCGGUUCUCGACCUUCCAUUUUCAUUAACGACCAUACUCUGGCCCACCAUGUUCUCGUUCAAAACUCAUCCAUCUUCUCUGAUCGCCCUACAGCUCUUCCUACUUCCAAAAUGUUGUCCAGCAACCAACACAACAUCAACACCGCUUAUUAUGGCCCAACAUGGCGUACCCUUCGUCGUAACCUUGCUUCCGAGAUGCUUCAUCCAUCCAAACUCAAAUCGUUCUCAGAAAUUCGGAAGUGGGUCUUACGCACUCUCAUCAAUCGUCUCAAAACUGCAUCAGAAUCGGAACUAACGGAUUCUAUUAAGGUUAUGCCACACUUCAAAUAUGCUAUGUUCUCUUUACUUGUUUUUAUGUGUUUUGGUGAAAGAGUUAACGAUGAGAAAAUCAGUGAUAUUGAGCGUGUACAAAGGAAGAUUAUGUUAAAUUUUGGCAGAUUCAAUAAACUGAACUUCUGGCCGAAAGUUACAAGGAUUUUGUUGCGUAACCAAUGGGAGGAGUUUUUGAAGUUACUUAAGGAUCAAGAGGAUGUUCUGCUUCCGCUGAUAAGAGCAAGGAAGCAAGUUAAGGAGAGUAAAUUGAACAAUAUUAAUACUGUUGUUUCAUAUGCAGAUACUCUCUUAGAGUUAGAGUGGCCUGAGGAGAAACGGAAGCUGAGUGAGAAUGAAAUGGUUAAUCUUUGUUCAGAGUUUUUGAACGGUGGGACAGACACUACUUCCACUAGUUUGCAGUGGAUUAUGGCGAAUGUAGUGAAGUACCCAGAAGUGCAGGGGAGGCUUGUGGAGGAGAUUCGGGAGGUGAUGGGUGGUGAUGAAAAUGGAGAGAAGGAGGAAGUGAAAGAGGAAGACUUGCAGAAACUUCGGUAUUUGAAGUGUGUGGUUUUGGAAGGGUUGAGGCGUCAUCCACCGGGGAAAUUUCCGUUGCCACACGCGGUGAAAGAGGAUGUGGUUUUGGACGGUUAUUUGGUGCCUAAAAACGGGACGGUGAAUUUCUUGCUGGCGGAGAUGGCGUUGGAUCCUCGUGUUUGGGAGGACCCGUUGGAGUUUAAGCCAGAAAGGUUUUUGAAGGAUGAGACUUUUGACAUUACAGGAAGUAAAGAGAUAAAGAUGAUGCCGUUUGGAGCUGGAAGAAGAAUUUGUCCCGGACUUAAUUUAGCUUUGCUCCAUUUGGAAUAUUUUGUGGCUAACUUGGUUUGGAAUUUCGAUUGGAAGGUUCCAGAGGGCGGGCAUGUUGAUUUGACGGAAAUACAAGAAUUCACCAUGGUGAUGAAAAAUCCAUUGCAAGUUCAUAUUUCUCCUAGGAUAUAGAUUAUGUGUGUUAUAUGUAACGAUGUGGAGUAUGUAAUGUUGUUGUGUGAACCACCCUAGAUUCUCUGCUUGAGAAUGUCAUAACACAGCAGGGGAGUAUUAUAUGUGGAUUUGUCAUAUGGUGGGAUUUUGUUUCAUAUAAUGAUCCGUUAUGCAUAUAUAUGCCUUCACAUAUGUUAUUGUUCUUUCUUAUAUAUCUUGUUUCCUGUAUAAAUAAAAACUUUGCCUGUCAUUCUUGUAAGUCAAGAUACUUUCAUUGUAAAAAUAUAUGAUCUUUGUUGUAGUAA